CUCGAGUUUCGAGCCGUCACCGUCACGCAAACGAUAAACAAUCUGAAGAAUCUGGAACUUCCAAAUUCUGCUCAGAUCUUGGCUGGUAAUUGUGAGGCAUUCUUGUCAUUAAUUAUUUUUGCGCUUAACAAACGUGUUUUCCCGCUGCCCAGGGAUUGCACUAAGAUUCCCUGGUAAUUAUGGGUGAUAGCGAUGAUGAAUAUGAUCAAAAGCGGUCUCGGGGACGCCGUGGAGAUGGCGACAAUGAUGGAGGCUGGAACGACAGGCGCCGCGAUGGAGGUGGAUGGCAGCGAGGUAAUUAUUCGCGGAACAACCAGGGAUAUGGCGGCCAUCGCAAGCAGUUCAGUCCACCGGAUCGCCACGGAAUGGGACAGAUGAACAAGAGACCACGGAGAGAUUGGGAUGAUGGUGAUCGAGACGACUUCGGUGACCGGCGUCAGUCUGGUGGACGAGGCGCGGGUCUUGAUGGCGGAGAAACUCCCAAUGGUCCAACGCAACCCGCACUGAUGAGUUUCAGACAAUUUAUGGGUACUCUGGACGAAAAUGUGGAACAGGAUGAAGUUAACCAAAAAUAUCGCGAAUACAAAAUCGAUUUUAAACGCCAGCAGAUCCAUGAAUUUUUUCUUGCCCAUAAAGACGAAGAAUGGUUUCGGCAGAAGUAUCAUCCAGAAGAAAGCCUAGCACGUAAUCAGGAGAAGCGGAUGUUUAUCCAGCAACGGUUGGAUGCAUACAUGCAUCUUUUGAAAUCUGGACGGGUUGCGGAUAUUAUCUUGGAGAUUGAGAACCAGAAGGAUAUUAUGCGUUUUCUGGACGAAGCAUUAAUUAUUAUGGAGGGAGGAACAGAAGAAGAUUUUAAGUUGUUGGACGAAAAAGUUCCCACUGAAUCUUCUUCCGACAAGCCUGAAGAUGAAGAUAUGAAAGAGGAAGAAACUCCAUCAGAACAGGCGGAACAAAAGGAAGAAAAGACGCCUGGAGAGGAAGGUCAGGAACCGGGAGAAGAACCCGAGUCGAGUGAGGACAGUAAAACGAAGGAGAGUGACAAACCGAAUGCCCCCACAAAAAGAAAAGUUUUGUAUAAAACUACCUCCAUCUUUUUGCGUAACCUUCCACCAAACAUUACCAGAACUGAAGUAGAAGCGGUCUGCAAGCGAUUUCCGGGUUUCGUCAAAGUUGCCAUAGCCGAUCCGCUACCGGAACGGCGUUUCUUCCGUCGUGGGUGGGCCACAUUCGAACCAGAUGUUAAUAUUAAGGAAAUCUGCUGGAAUCUGAGCAACAUUAGGCUUAGAGAUACCGAGCUCGGCGCCAUCGUCAAUCGUGAUCUGACGCGCCGGGUGCGCUUUACGACUGGUGUUACUCGUCAUAAGCCAGUGGUGCGCAGUUGCAUUCAGCUGGCCGCUCGGAUCAUACAGAAUCUGGAUAUUCAGUUUGGGUUGUGGCUGACCGACAAAGAAAAAGCUGAAGCAGAAAAGGGCUUUAUGAUAAAAUCCCGGAACCCUAUUCUGAAAGACAUCACCGACUACCUUAUCGAAGAAGGCUCGGCUGAAGAGGAUGAGUAUGAAGGUUCACGAAAUAAUGACCCCGAUAAGCACACGGACAAGAAUGACCGAGAUCGUGAAGAAGGCGAGGAAAGUUCUGCAACCAUUGAACGAGAUGAAGAGCUGGAUAAAGUAUUAGAUCGUUUGCUUCUCUACAUUCGCAUCGUGCACUCGUUGGAUUUCUACAACUGCUCGGAUUAUCCCCUGGAGGAUGAAAUGCCAAACCGCUGCGGAAUCAUCCAUGUCAGGGGACAGCCGCCUCCCCACAAGGUCACAACGGAAGAUGCCAAUACGUACGUGAAAGGAAUGGAGAACAAGUUAAGUCAAUGGUUGCUUCCCAAGCAGAAGUUGACGAACGAAGAAAUCGAAGAGCUGGGUGUCAAAGAUGUGGAUAAAGAGGUGGAGCGGUUUGUUGAAUCUAACACGAAGAAAUUAUCGGAGGACAAAUGGCUCUGUCCACUGAGUGGAAAGAAAUUUAAAGGGCCUGAUUUUAUUCGCAAGCACAUAUUCAAUAAGCAUGCCGAGAAGGUGGAGGAAGUGAAGAAAGAUGUGGAAUAUUUCAACAAUUAUCUCCUGGACAGCAAGCGACCUUCUCUCCCCGAUCAUCCAUCGACUAGUCGUCAGGCUGGCAACCUACCGCAGGGCGGAGGCAAUCAGGGCGGUCCGAUGCCUGGUGGUCCGCCGGGCUUUGGGGGAUUCGGAGGACAUCCGAUGGCUGGACGGCUGGGUUUCCCGCCGGAUAUGCGGAUGCCCCUGCCGUUUCCUGGACCGUUUCCGCCGCCCUUUAUGGGCAUGCCCCCUAUGCCGCCCAUGGGCAUGCACGGUGGGGAUUUCUUUGGUGGUCGGGGAAUGGGUCCACCGCGAAAUUUUGGCCCCAGGCGAGAUGGAAGAAACGUGGUUAGCUAUAAGGAUCUGGAUGCCCCGGCCGAUGAGGAUUUCUCAUAGUUCUUUUUGUUGCUUAUCGUUUUUAGCUGAAUUUGCAGUAUGCGUAUGAUCUUAUGCGCUUAUGCGAUAUUACUGCAUUGUUGCGGUUUUAACGAUUAUGCCCGAGCAUCCGAACUUGUUUAUAUGGGCAGUCAUCAGGGUAAUGGGAAAUAAUCACUAGACUGUCCCUGUUAUUUCCAGCAUAUUUGUAACUUACGCUUUUUGUUCGUCUGUGCAAACGUUGGGUUUUCACGUUUAGCAAGGUCAUUGUUGUAUGGAAAUGUGGCGAUCCUUUGCAUAAUGAGGAACAUUUUAAAUCUUUAUUUAUGAAAUGCGAAGUAAAAACUCAAGGCGAG